CAAACCAAUAACAAGAAAGUCAACAGUCAGAGGCAGUGUAACCAAAAUACAUAUGUAGGUGAAGCAGGGCGGGUUCCUGCAAUCGUCGCGCUUCGUUGACCCCUCGUUUAUCGACUCUAUGCCAUAGCUGGAGCCUGGAAGCUAUCUACUGAGGCUCUGUUCCACUGCUUGUCUUCUAGCACGGCACACAUCCUCGCAUUUGCGGUAAGGCAAGCCGUCGGUGAUGGCUGGAUAAGCAACUUUUUGCAUUCACCAAUAAACAAUGGAGAAACUUGUUUCAAACUGGUACAAUGUGCAACCUGUGCCUGAGGAUUACGUGUUUCCACCACAAAUAAGACCAGGGAGCGUCCGUGUUCCUAUAGGUGAAAGCUUCCCAGUGAUUGACCUCAGCGAAGCAGAGAAAGGUGAUCGAACCCUUACCAUGCAGAAAAUUCUCAAGGCCGCUCAUGAGUUUGGAUUCUUCCAGGUCCAUGACAUAACUUCUAUUUUGGUGAUCAAUCAUGGCAUUCCGAACAAUCUAAUAAAUGAAACAAUGAGUGUGUUGAAGGAGUUCUUCCAGUUGCCAGCGGAGGCCAAGCAGCACUUAGAGGGUUCUGGUAUGAAGGAUUUCAGGUUCAUUAGGAACAGUGUAACUUAUGCUGCAGAGAACGUUCAUAUAUGGAGGGACUGUCUCAAACACCCAUGUCAUCCUUUAGAGAGGUGGCAGCAUAUGUGGCCUCAAGCCCCAGCGAGAUAUCAAGAGUGUGUUGGGGCGUGUUCGGUGGAAGUUAAGAAGUUGGGUUCCAGGAUAUUGAGCUUAAUCAGUGAAGGACUUGGGCUGGAUGGUGAAUAUCUUGAGGGUGAAUAUAGCCAAACUAUGACACUUUCCGCCAAUUUCUAUCCAACAUGUCCUGAACCAGAUUUGACUCUAGGAGUACCCAAGCAUGCUGAUCCUAACAUCAUAACCCUUUUACUCCAAGAUGGCGUCUAUGGACUCCAGGUGUUGAAGGAUGAUACGUGGAUUGGUGUUGAUGCUAACCCCCAUGCAAUUGUGGUCAAUAUAGCCUCCCAGAUGCAGGUGAUCAGCAACAGCAAUUUGAAAAGUGCAGAGCACAGAGCCGUGACAAAUUCGAGUGAAGCUCGAAUUUCAGCUGCAUUUUUCAUAUGUGCUUCGGAGGAGAGUAUCGUAGAACCAGCAAAAGCUCUGAUUGACGAGCUCCAUCCCCCGAUUUACAAGUCCUUCAAGAGCAAAGAUUUUCUUUCUAAAUUCCAAGCAACUUUCGGUGACUCACAAGCCACACUAGAAUUUUUCAAGGCAUAA